GAGAGAGAGAGAGAGAGAGAGAGAGAGAGAGAGUUCUUCCCGUCAUAAUAAAACCUUAUCUUUCUCCAUUGUUCUAUCUCUCUUUCGGAGCCUUCUUCAACUCUCAGCCGCUCCCCACAAUUUCCUGUCAACGCGCAGGACCUUGUGGAUAAAAUUUCCGUUUUCAUUCCUUCAUUAUCCAGUUUUGAUUUUCCGAUACACUCAGUUCUUGUAGAUGGAGUCGAAGGAGUUCGCUCAAGAAGCGUCGCUGCAGAACGAAGCCUCCUCAGGUUCUUCUUCGACUUCUCCGUCGUCUUUUACGUCUUCUUCCGUUGAUUCACAUGUCGAUAAACCCUCCGACAAGAUGGAGGUUAGUGAAAUUAAAACUAGUGUAGGUGGCGAUGGGAGAGGUAGUGAUGGUGGUGGCUCGGAGAAUGAAGGUUUUUUGAGUGAGGAGGAGGAUUUUGAAUCUGCCUUUGAUAGACCGAUUGUGGGGUAUUCUGUGGAAGAAACCCUCGGGAAAUCCGUCCAAGCGGGUGAUAAUGGUAGUUCUUUUGUGAGUUAUUCGGCUCCGGUAAGUGUUAGGCCAAUUGCGAAGGUUUCUGUCGAUUCUGACGUUGAGGAGGAGGAGGAAAUGGAUGAUAUGGUGGAUGGAGAAGAUGAUUUUGUUGACAGUAAGAAGGUCGAGGAGGUUGAUUUUCCUGUGGAAAUGGAGGAGAGUCUUGAAUCCGGUGGAAACAGUUUGGGUGAUGCUGCUAGUCAAGUGCAAGAAAGAACAGUUGAGUUGUCGGGGAACUCAAAAGAGGGUAAUGUGUCUGAAAGUUUAGUAGCUGAGCAUGUUGGCUCUGUGGCUGAGGAAGCUGUUAGUGGCGGUAAGCAGGUGGCGGAGGGGGAUGAAUUGAAUGGUGUGACAGUCAAACAGCCGCAAAUUGAAGAAAGUCUGACGGCUGAGAAGCAGGCAAAUAAAGGGAUUGAAGCGAAUGAGAAGGUGGUUGAUGAAGAUGUUGAACAAUUAAAAGAACAGGAAACUGGUUCUUCUUCUGAAGACAAAGCUGAUUUGCGUGACCGAGCAAGCUCGGAGGUUUUAGAAUUAGCCGAUGGAAAACGAGAAGCAGAAACGGAAAACAGAAGUGUUGUGGCUGAGGAGCAGGCAGAUGGGGCGGUUGAAUUGAAUGACAAGGUGGCUGCUGAAGAUGGAGAGCAGUUAAAACAUUCGGAAACUAGUUCUCGUUCGGAGGUUGAAGCUGUUGUGGACGAAGGAAGUGUUGUAGCUGAGAAGCAAGCAGAUGGGGAGAUUAAAUUGAAUGACAAGAUGGAUGCUGAAGAUGUAGAACAGCUAACCAAAUCGGAUACUGUUUCUGAUGUCGACAACAAGGGUGACCAGGAUGAUCAAGCAAACGCCAAGGUUUCGGAACAAGCGGAUGAAUUUACUGGUGCAGUUGGAGAUGACAAAACCUUGGAUGAAAGUCCACUGGUAUCAAGAACAGAUGCUGUUGGUAAACUGGAGAAGAUAAAGGAUGUGGAAAACAGAGAGACUGUAGAUUUGUUACUUGGAGCUGCUAAAUUGGAUAAUGGGGUGGAGGAGUCUGUUGACAAGAAUUCUGUGGUUUCAACCUCUGAGAUUGACAAUAAGGUGCCGGAAUUCGGUGUUGCAGUUGCUACCGAAGAAGCAGCGUCUCGUGGAGACAGAGCAAUUUCUGUUGCUGAUAUUGCCAAACAAGAAAAUCGUGUGGCUACAGAUGUCGAAGAUCAUCGGCCUGAUGGAAUUGUGGCUUCGACAGUUAACGAAGAACGAGAAACUGAGAAUCUCGUUGAUUCUUCAGCUGAGGCAGGGAAGGAAAAACCGUCUCAGGAGGCAAGUUCUUUGGUUAAUGCUUCUGUGGAAGACAGCGGAAUUUCUGAUGCUCCCAAGAUACUCGAACCAGCUUUGAAUGAAGCGAAUGGGGAGAAGCGUCGUUUAGACGAAGAGGGUGUUAUUGAGGGUUCUGUUACAGAUGGAGAGAUUGAAGGUGAGAUCUUUGGUAGUUCUGAAGCUGCUAGAGAAUUCUUGCAGGAAUUGGAAAGAGCCUCAGGAGGUGGUUCCCAUUCUGGUGCAGAGAGUUCUAUUGAUCAUUCACAGAGAAUAGAUGGUCAGAUUGUCACAGACUCGGAUGAAGCCGACACGGAUGAUGAAGAUGAUGGAAGGGAGUUAUUCGAUUCAGCUGCUUUGGCAGCGCUUCUGAAAGCAGCUAGAGAUGCUGGGUCAAAUGGUGGCCCUAUCACCGUGACAUCUCAGGAUGGCUCCCAGCUUUUCUCCGUCGAACGUCCUGCAGGUCUCGGCUCCUCACUUACAACUGGAAAAAACGCUUCCCGCCCAAGCCGUCCUCUCUCGUUUGCCCCAUCAAAUCCUAGAGUGGUGGAUGAUUCUGAAAAUAAAUUGAGCGACGAGGAGAAAAACAAAUUGCAGAAGUUACAGCAGACAAGGGUGAACUUUUUAAGGCUUGUUCAGAGACUAGGUGUUUCUCCGGACGAUUCACUAGUAGCACAGGUUCUAUAUCGUUUCGGGCUCGUUGCUGGUAGGUCUACUGGUCAGCAAUUUAGCUUCGAUAAUGCAAAGAACACUGCUAUUCAGCUUGAAGCAGAAGAAAAGCAAGAUUUAAACUUCUCAUUGAACAUACUUGUGCUUGGAAAAUCAGGUGUAGGAAAGAGUGCUACUAUAAAUUCAAUUUUCGGGGAAGAUAAAUCUUCAAUCGACGCGUUUACGCCUGGUACAACUACAGUGAAAGAAAUUAAUGGGACGGUAGAAGGUGUUAAAAUCAGGAUUUUUGAUACACCUGGUCUUAGAUCAUCUUCAUCUGAACGUAUAAUCAACAACAGAAUUUUAUCCUCAAUUAAGAAUGUAAUGAAGAAAAACCCUCCUGAUAUUGUUCUUUAUGUGGACCGGUUGGAUAACCAAACCCGAGAUCUUAAUGAUCUGCUAUUAUUAAGAUCGGUAUCUAGCUACCUCGGUUCUUCCAUCUGGAAAAAUGCUAUCAUUACUCUAACUCAUGCUGCCUCUGCUCCACCAGAUGGUCCAUCUGGUACCCCUUUGGGUUAUGAGGUGUUUGUAGCUCAACGCUCUCAUGUUCUUCAGCAAACAGUUGCUCAGGCUGUUGGUGAUCUGCGUAUGCUGAAUCCAUCUUUAAUGAACCCAGUUUCGCUUGUUGAAAACCAUCCCUCUUGUAGAAAGAAUAGAGAUGGCCAGAAGGUGCUUCCAAAUGGUCAAAGUUGGAGGUCCCAGUUAUUACUAUUAUGUUUCUCUAUUAAAAUCCUGGCUGAAGUGGGAAAUCUUUCAAAAGCUCCAGAGACAUUUGACCACAGGAAGCUUUUCGGUCUCCGUGCUCGCUCACCUCCUCUUCCAUAUUUAUUGUCCAGUUUGUUGCAAUCCCGCGCACACCCGAAGCUUUCAUCAGAUCAAACUGGUGAGAAUGGUGAUUCCGAUAUCGAUUUGGCUGACUUGUCUGAUUCUGAUCAAGAAGAGGAGGAAGAUGAGUACGAUCAGCUCCCUCCGUUCAAGCCGCUCAGAAAAUCGCAGCUUGCUAAGCUUAGCAAAGAGCAAAGGAAGGCAUAUUUUGAGGAAUAUGAUUAUAGGGUGAAGCUGCUCCAGAAAAAGCAAUGGAAAGAGGAAUUAAAGAGGAUGAGAGACAUCAAGAAGAAGGGUCAACCUACUGUAGAUGAUUAUGGCUACAUGGGGGACGAUGAUCAGGAAAAUGGCAGUCCAGCUGCUGUGCAGGUUCCUCUACCUGACAUGGCCCUUCCUCCUUCAUUUGAUGGUGAUAAUCCGGCUUACAGAUUUCGAUUCUUGGAGCCAACGUCUCAGUUCCUGGCGAGGCCAGUUUUGGACACCCAUGGUUGGGACCAUGACUGUGGGUAUGAUGGUGUGAAUCUUGAACACAGUAUGGCCAUUGUUAAUCGGUUCCCUGCUGCUGUUGCUGUUCAAAUUACCAAGGACAAAAAGGAAUUCAAUAUCCACUUAGAUUCCUCGGUCUCUGCUAAGCAUGGAGAAAAUGGUUCAACUAUGGCAGGUUUUGACAUUCAAAACAUUGGUAGACAACUUGCAUACAUCCUCAGAGGAGAGACGAAAUUCAAAAUUUUCAGAAGGAACAAAACAGCUGCUGGAAUAUCAGUGACAUUCUUAGGAGAGAACGUGUGUCCGGGAUUCAAAGUUGAGGAUCAGAUUACACUCGGAAAGCGCGUUGUAUUGGUUGGUAGCACUGGCACCGUUCGAUCUCAGGGCGAUUCUGCAUUCGGGGCUAAUCUGGAAAUGCGACUCAGAGAGGCCGACUUCCCAAUCGGACAAGAUCAAUCAUCACUUGGUCUAUCUCUUGUAAAAUGGAGAGGAGACAUGGCUCUGGGGGCGAACUUUCAGUCACAGUUUUCAGUUGGACGAAGUUACAAAAUGGCCGUUCGUGCAGGAAUCAACAACAAACUAAGUGGACAGAUCUCUGUUAGAACAAGCAGUUCUGACCAACUUCAGAUUGCUCUUCUAGCUAUCCUUCCAGUUGCCAGGGCUAUCUACAACAAGCUACAUCCUGGAGUUGCUGAAAAUUACUCAACCUAUUAGGAAUGGAAGAACAAUAGGAGUAGGAGUACUUCAUGAGCUGCUUUUUUUUUUUUAAGUUUUCUACAAUGAGGCCUCUUAUUCUCACUCACAUUUUUAUCCCAUCAAUCUAUUCUCUUCAUCUUAAUUUUAAUCUUAGAUUGAAUGAUGAUUAGCAGGAAA